AUGGCCACUUUGAAAGAUCAAAACUUGAUACCUUCUUCGAAUCUAUCUCUAUACAUUAACAAUACUUCUCCUUAUUUCUUCAUAAAAUUCGAAGUUAUGGGCAACACUGAGCGCAUACAAGGAGAAGGAUGGCAUCCAAGUAAAGAGGUCAAAUCUCGAACGGUUCCCCCAAUCAGGAACUUGACAUUCAUAAUGAAGAGAUGCAGAUUAAGUACAAAAAAUGAUAUGCAGCAUCAACAUAAGAUUGCGGAACAUUUUACGGAAAUGGAACUAACCAAAUUCCAGGCUGGGAAGAAACUUAUACUCGCCUAUAUGUAG